ACCACGGAAGGCGGGCUGCUUAAUCUUUGGCUAGUCACCCUUUCCCUAUCAAUAGUAUCGCCAUGCAUGUGCGCGCACGACACUGAAAUUCAGACCGUCUCCCUUCAACACAGAAGCCCACAGCAAAACGCACGGAGGCGACAGCGACAAAACAGAUUGCAAUUGUGUCUACUGCUUCGAAAAGGCAUCGAGUCUGCGCCCCUCGAUUACCACAUCAGGAUGAUGCUCCUGCGUUCUGGAGUGCAGAAGGACUAAGGAAAACUAGAAGGCCUUUCAGCUGCUUCUCGUACCAUAUUAACUGGUUGAAGCUCGUCCCAUCAACUGCAACACAUAUGGUCUUCUUCAUUCGGCUCGGAGAACAAGCACACUUGCCGUCGACUGCUUCUAAACCUAUUGCGCAUUCUCAGGUGGCCCUCAAAGACCCAGUGCUCCUACGCCUCUCAUAAGAUGGCGGCCUCUAUAAUCAUGUGCUCGGCCGGCUAAAUGUGAACGCUGCUACCGUGGGAAGACUCCUUCGAUUACAGCAAUGUGGCUAUCGGCGAGAAUCAGGUGAAAAAAGGAGUACAUUCUAGCCACCUCGAAACAGCUGCUAGACGUCAUGGGGAAGAAGAACAGUAAAUUGAAAGGGGAAGUGGUAGCCCGGCUUGCCAAGGAGACCUACUUUACGGAAAAAGAAGUUCGGCAAUGGUACAAAGGCUUCUUAAAAGAUUGCCCAAACGGACUGCUCACAGAGCAGGGCUUUCUGCGGAUAUACAAGCAGUUCUUUCCACGUGGGGACCCAUCGAAGUUUGCCUCACUCGUCUUCAGAGUCUUCGACGAGAACAAAGAUGGAUCAAUCGAAUUUGAAGAAUUUAUUCGAGCCCUGUCGGUCACAUCAAGAGGCAACGUGGAGGAAAAGCUCCUGUGGGCUUUUAAACUAUACGACGUGGACAAUGAUGGGUUUAUAACGAGAGAAGAGAUGUACAACAUCGUCGAUGCUAUAUACGAAAUGCUGGGUAGCCAAGAAAAAGAGGAAGAAGAUGACGAUCCUAGAGCGAGGGUGGAUCGGAUUUUUGAACAGUUGGACAAGGAUACGUGGACGGACGACGGUGGAUUCUUGUCUGUAGACGAACACAACGAUUGCACGCUGGGAAGCCUCAGGCGGCGGGGAUCCGUCAUCCGCUUUCUCUUCACGCGCAAAUUUGACACGUGUGACCCUCAAGAUUACGUCAUAGAGGACGGCACGGUGCACGUAGUGUAUGCCUCAGGGCGAGGUCCACUGCGUCGCCUGGACGGGUUGAAGCUGAUCCACAGUGAACACGGCUUCCAACGCGCCCAGUUGCUCAAGAUCAUGGAUGACCUCCCACCUUUUCCCGAAGACACCCGCGUCAUUAAUUUCCUCAACGAUAAGGUGGCUGUUCCGGCAGUGGAAACGACGUACUGGUGUUCGCUUCAGAAGCUGCCUUACGAUUUUCGCUACAGCAAACACAUUAUUCGAUACGAAGCAAAUAUCCAGAAAGGCAGCGAAGCCGUAGUACACCAUAUGGAACUUUUCCAUUGCGAGGUUCCAGUGGGUGAGGACCUCCCAGAAUGGAACGACAACUGCUACCACCCGAAGAAACCCAAGAUCCUCGAAAACUGCAAGCGGGUCAUCGCUGCUUGGGCUAUGGGAGCACCGCCACUUGCUUAUCCCGAAGAAGCCGGCUUACCAGUGGGUGGGUCGGAUUACUCCUUAUACGCCAUGCUGGAAGUACAUUACAAUAACCCCGAAGAGAGGGACGAUUAUGUGGACAGCUCUGGGAUCACGCUGUACUACACAAGCGACCUGCGGCCAAACGACGUUGGAAUCCUCGAAGUGGGACUGGAAUACACGGACAAGAUGGUCAUUCCGCCAAGGCAGCCUGCGUUUGAGCUCACGGGAUACUGCGUUUCAGAGUGCACCAGAACUGGGCUUCCAGCGACCGGAAUAACAUUUGUGGCAGCGCAACUGCAUACGCAUCUGACGGGGCGGAGAAUAUGGGUGAAGCACGUACGAGAGGGAGCUGAGCUGCCCGAGGUGGCGAGGGACGAUCACUUCAGCACACAUUUUCAGGAGAUUCGUCUGCUCAAAAACAGGGUCCAAGUUUUACCAGGAGAUGCUUUAUACAUUACUUGCAGCUACGAGACCAUGGACAGGGAAAACGUUACAUUGGGAGGCUUCGGAAUCACGGACGAGAUGUGUGUUACCUACAUCCAUUAUUUCCCAAAGACGAACUUGGAGGUGUGCAAGAGUUCUGUCGAUUCUUACUCUCUAGAAGCAUACUUCAUGCACCAGAACUCAUAUCAUGGCAUACCAACCAGCACCAAGAAAGGCAUCAGUGACAAUUACAAGUCCAUUCCGUGGACUCCAUAUCAGGUCGACUUCCUCAGGCAUUUCUAUGAUGACAUGCCACUCUCAAUGCAGUGCAACCAGUCAUCCGGAGCACGAUUCCCCGGCUACUGGGAAGGUACGCCAACAACCAAGAUACUGCAGCCACUCCCAAAGCCAAAGCGAAAAUGUCCAGUCAUGCCUGGGCUUCCACAGGAAGAGUGAUAUUAAUGCUCAGACAAACUCUAAAAUGAAGUGUCCAGUUCGCCUCUGUUUGCCAGUCCCUGUCAUACAUUUUCUUUCGGAGACCCACACGUAAAAGUUGUGCACAUCAUGACACAACUAGACUUGAAAAAAAAAAUUCCUAAGUUUCUUAAAGUUCGUUUUCUGCCUCAUCUUUUCCCCUAAUUAAGUGCAAGCUCCAUCGCUAACCAUUCCUUGCACCGCCGUAACUUUGUGCCAUUAGUGUGUGUGUAUGAAAUCGCAAUAGCGAAAAGGCUACCUCGUCUUCACUCCCUCAAGGCACUUCCUCAAGGUACUAAUACCAAAGCCACUUCCCCUGUUGUUGCUCAGACUGAGGAGAGUGCAGAGUAUGAAAAGCUGGAACACGAUGGACCAAACACAGAUGUUUCUCGUUGUGUGGUCGUGAUACGUUGAACUGUGGUACCUGUCCGUAUGAGAAUAUUGAUACAUACUCUCCUCACAUUGUGAAAUAAUACCUGACGAAGUGUUAUUGAAGAAAUAAACAUUUUCCACAACGUAAA